UUGCUAAAUCAAGCAGCGGAAAGGCAGAAGCCCUACUGGUUACUUUCACAGAUGGAAGCAGCCGGAUUAACUUCCACCAUAAAAGCGCAGAAUUCCGUGAAUGGGUGGGAAGAUGCGCCAAUUCAGCGCCUGUGCUACAGCUCAGACUUACCGUACCAGUGCAUAACUUCGAAUUUGAUCAAAAAUCUUCUCUCAACUCUGGAAAAAUUCGACGCGCGUCAAGCAAAACCCCGAAAUGCGCCUUACUCAUCAGCUGAUGCAUACUUUGAAAAUUACACGAAUUUUGAACCGGCAACGUGUACUCUACAGAGGACUCAAGAAUUUCAGACGCAGCCUUUACUCAAAAAGCCAGUGGUUUCUAACUGUAAGCCACAAGUUGAGGAAACCCCGGUUCAAAGUCAGACUACGAUUCCGGAUGAAAGAACGCAGCAUACACACUUGAACUCACCGACAGAAGUUAUUUUUGAGACUCGAGCACGUAAUUUUGAUGGAUCGAGUGCGCAUGGGACUUCCAAGCAGCAAGAACAACAGCAAAAUUCACUGAGACAAGAACUAACGCCUAAAACCGAAGCAAAUACUCCUUCAAAGCAGGAGGUGGUCUCGACGGCGCUUGAGUUAAAGCCUGAGAUGAUAGAACUUGAAAUCAGUAAAAGUGUUAGGUCGAAGAAAAAGACGCCGAAAGAGCAGAUCAGUAAGCUGAAUAUGAAAUCUAUCCUGAAGAAAACUUUUGCAAAGACCGAGGCGCUUUUUGCAAAGAAUGAGAAUAAGCCUGAGACAGUGCGCCUAAGUGAACCCUCACAUGUUCAACAUUCACACCAUACCACAUCUCAGAAAACACAGGAGGCAGCUGGGGAAUCUCAGCACUGGCAAGUCGUGAAGGCUCAACACCAGUUUAAUGCUCCUGAAGAAAUAGACAAGCCAGCGCAGCACUUUAUAAAUGGGCUAACUACCUCUGAUUCGGAAGCAUGUCAACCCAGUACAAGUUUCCAGCAAACUGAUGACGUGCAUGAAACUAUUGCCCAGCUCAAACCGUUGCCGGAACUCGAGAAACAAGCUUUGGAAUGUAAACCACGUGUGGACACUACAGCGACUGGCGCAACUGCGUGGAACACGAAUGUAAGGGGCGAAAGCAAAUCAAGGACUGCCGCUCUAAGCCGUCUAGCAGAUGAGUAA